AUGGCGGAGCGGGUGACGUACAGGAGGCGGCAUCCCUACCGCACGCGCUCCAACAGGACGCGCCUCGUGCGGACACCGGGUGGCAAACUCGUGGUGCAGUACAUGAAAAAGAAAGUUAACAACCCGCACUGCAAGGUCUCCGGCGUCAAGCUCAACGGGCUGAAAGCGCACCGACCGAGUGAGUUGAGCUGCAAAAGACUAUCCAAGAGGCACAAGAAAGUGAACAGGAUAUAUGGCGGCUGCCUCUCGCAUGCUGUUGUCCGCGAAAGGAUUAUCAGAGCCUUUCUGCUUGAGGAGCAGAAGAUAGUAAGGAAGGUCAUCAAGCUGGAAUCAAGGGCCAAAGCAUCGAGUUGA